CUCUGGAUAUCAUACUGAAAGAGCUGAGACCAGAGGUAGCUGCCAUCUUCAGCGCUUUUCCAUUCCAUACUUCUUUGCCUUCCCUCUUGGCUCCCUGGCAUGCGCCUCAAGAGAGUUUCACCUUUAGCCAAGGCAUUAGCCGUAGAAAACUUGGAAGAACCAUUUUCACAUACGGAGCGUGGUCUGGCUGCGGGAUCCAUAUCUUCUUGCAUGGUCGCUGACCAUUUACUGAAACUCGACGACGGCGACGGUGAUUCAGCCUGGCAGAAGAAAGCGAUAAAGGAAUCUGCGUCAACCGCUUUUGGGGCUGGCACUGAGACGACAGCGUCUGUUAUGAUGAACUUCAUCCUUGUGAUGAUUCUCCACCCACACAUACAAGAGAAAGCACACGAUAUUAUUGAGAGCGUGGUUGGCACGAAGCGAUUGCCGACGUUCCAGGAUCGUGCAUCCUUACCCUACGUUGACGCCAUUUUACGCGAGUGCCUACGGUGGCGCCCAGUGCUUCCUCUUGCAAUUCAUGCUGCUGUCGAAAGCGACGUUUUCGAAGGUUAUUACAUACCCAAAGGUGCUAUAAUCACCCCAAAUAUUUGGGCGAUGUGCCACAACGAAGAGAAAUACGCCAAUGCGUCCGAAUUCAAUCCUGACCGUUUCCUGAACCCAGACGGUAGUCUGACAGACGAUACCGUGAGUGUUGUAUGGGGAUUUGGACGACGAAUAUGCCCUGGUCGUCAUCUCGCCGAAGCUUCGUUAUGGUCUGCCAUGGUCUGCUUGCUUGCGGUUUUCAAAUUUUCCAAGGCCAAAGAUGAGACUGGCAGAGAGAUCGAGAUCGAGCCGCGGUGGCAUGGGGGGAUUACUGUGCGGCCUAUGCCAUCUCCUUGCAGUAUCACUCCGCGAAAUGCAGACAUGGAUAUCACGGCCUUGCAGCAUUUGAUUAGUGUAUCUGUUUAGAUUGGUCUUUUCUGCUACCCGAACCUUGUACAACAUUAUCUGCACUUGCUUGAGGAUGUAC